AUGGAUAUUAUUGGAAUUAUAACAAUACCAGAGGAAAACAAGCCCCACGCUGUUACAAGAAUACAAUUAAGCCCUGCCUACAAAGUAGUAGUGUCUUCUGCUAAAUCUGGAAUGAUUGAGUACUGGACUGGUACUUCUCAUGAAUAUAAAUUUCCCAAGAAUUUUGUAUCUUCUGGUUCACAUUUAGUGAAGAGUGCAGAUUCUGACAGAGAUGUAUUUAAUGAGAAACCUUCUAAAGAAGAGGUCAUGGCAGCUACUCAGGCAGAAGGGCCCAAAAGAGUUUCAGACGGUGCCAUCAUCCACAGAAGCAUGGGAGAUAUUAAUAUCAAACUUUUUCCUGUUGAGUGCCCCAAAACAGUGGAAAACUUGUGUAUGCACAGCAGAAAUUAUUAUUACAAUGGACACACAUUUCAUUAUAUCAUCAAGGGUUUCAUGAUUCAGACUGGUGAUCCAACCAGUACAGGAAUGGGAGGUGAAAGUAUUUGGGGAAGAGAAUUUGAGGAUGAGUUUCAUUCAACUUCAUUGAACAAAUGGGGGUUGCGGUCAGUUCAUCACACGUUGUCUCUGCUGCUCCUUCCUCCUCAUGCUCUUCCUGUUUCAGCAUGGAACCCCUCCCACAGGAGACAGUCCUUCACAAGCUUCACAAAUAUGGGUCCUUCCCACAGGGUGCAGUUCUUGUAACUGCUGGAGAAGUUUGCGUCCUUUCCACAUGGUGCAGUCCUUCAGGAACAGACUUCUCCAGCGUGUCCCUCCCACGGGGGUCACAGGUCCUGCCAUGAGCCUGCUCCAGCAUGGGCUCCUCUCUCCACAGGGUCACAGCCUCCUUUGGGCAUCCACCUGCUUCAGCAUGGGGUCCUCCACAGGCUGCAGGUUGAUAUCUGCUCUACCAUGGACCUCCAUGGGCUACAGGGGGACAGUCUGCCUCACUGUUGCAGAUUGUCUUAAAGUUUUACUGAAUCUUUCUAUAUUUUGUGUUUAUUUGUGAAACAGUUAACUAUAGGAACAUCUUGAUUUUAAGAAGCCAGCCUCUACAUUAGCAUUAUGUUAACACUUAUUAACUAAUGAUGUAUAGGUUGUUGUGCUACUUGUCAUUUGAGUCUGUGUUACUUGAAGUUCUUAUUCUAUAGACCAUAACCAGAGCACCUGGGUUCUGUUGUGUAUAGGAUGAGUUAUGGGACAGCUUGGCAAGGCCAAUAUCCAGCUGUCCCACUUGGCAACAAAACUUACUUUUAAGGUGUCCUGAAGUUAACUACCUUCACUAUAAUACUAAAGAACACAUCCACAGGUCAAGAAGACCCUUGCCCAGGUGAAGACCCUUCCUCUGCGCAAGCAUAGUAACAGAAGAGGAUGACACAGCAGAUAUUAUAUGUAAAUUACUAACCAAUAAUUGUAACUGGGAGUGUAUGACCUUGUAAUUUUUGUGCAUAAAUGUAACAGUGAAUUCUGCAUAGGUGCGCUUGAUUUGUGGAGAUACCACUGAGCACCCAGUGCUUCAAUAAAUGAGUACCUGCUUAUCUACUUCGUGUAGAUGGGUUUUUCCUUCCCCACCUAACAUCACCAUGUUCUUCACCACGAGCUACAGAGAAAUCUCUGCUCUGGUGUAGAGGAAUGAAGCUGGGUUAAUUAACAUUGAUAAUAUACAGCUGUGGGUUGGCUUCAGGGGCAGCAGGUUGGCCAAUGUAGAUAAGGUGCAGGUGUGGCUGGUUCUGUUAAGUGGUUGAGAGCCAAUGAAGAGAGGGCAGCUGAGAAAGAAGCAGAGAGGGAAUGUGUGCUUUAGAUGAGGCAAGAUGAGGAGAAGGCAGUAGAGGGACUGGCAUGAAGAGUAUGCUGGUAUGAGAUGGUAAAAGACUUUGUUGCAGCUUGAUAGUUUGGAGAGUGCUGCGACAUAAAACUAAUGCAUUCCACCCUUUGUCCCUAAAAAUCAUGUGUUUAAGGAUUAUAUUUAAAAUAUGCAUGUGGCCCAGUCUACAAUCUUCACAAACUUUGCUUACAUCAACAAAAAACUCCCCAUGCCAAAAUCAAAAUCUCUCUACCCCUUGUCCCUUCACAAUAAUUACAACUGAAAUUCCCCAGAAUUAUUCCUCUCACUAGCAAUGUUUGGUCCGUGUUUUGCCAGUUACCUCUCCCAAUUACUAUCCUUAUCUGAAAUUCCUCACCCUCGAAUUGGGUGACAAAAAGAACUGUGCUGGGUUGACCUUGGCUGCCCACCAAGCUGCUCUAUCACUCUCCCUCCUUAGCAAGACAGGGCAGAGGGGGAGAAAAUAAGAUGAAAAAAAGCCUCAGGGGUCAAGAUAAAGACAUUUCAAUAAAGAAAAGCAAAGAAAAACAAAAAAAAAAUUAUUCUGUACUUCUCAUCAGCAGGCAAUGUCCAGCCAUUUCCUGGCAAGUAAGGCCUCAGCACAAGUAGCAGUUGCUUCAGAAGACAAAUAUUCUAAAAAAGACUGCCCCCCCCCCUUACAUUUUAUUGCAAAACAGACAUCGUGUUGUAUUGUUUUCCCGUAAGAGGGUUCAUUACCUGGUGUGCAGCACCAAUUCACACACAAAGUCGAGGUAUUCCUUAUUUCCUAAUUCUAGUUUGUGCAAAGUAGGGAGCUAAGUGGUGACCCACAAAUGCCUAGCUCCCCAAUUGUCUAAACUUUGCACUAUUUAUACAGUUUAGCAUACAAAGACAUCAGUCUUCACUGGUUACAAGUCAACCAACUACUUCAUUACUUAGUACUCAGUUUCCCAUUUGUCAAAUAAUUCUCUCACUUCUCGUUGAUUAGUCUGCAUGCUCAGUCUCAACUGCUCUUGGGUCUGGGGGAAUUUUUGAGUCGGUGGUCAAUGAGUCAGUUGACGAGAUCUCCCCCUGCCGGAAUUAGCUUUCCCCUAGUUUUGCUGAGCUCAUUGCUUGUGGUAAACUUCCUAUCAGCUCAUCUAUCUUGUGGGGGUGUUUCCUUUGUGAAGUUCCUUUCUAAACAAAAGGAUUUCUUGGUGCUUAAGGAAGCACUUAGCAGGACUUACAAAGUGCUUGUAACCUGAAUUAACCCUUAACAACACAUUCGCUCCAACUGUCUCAAAGUCAAACCACCAAUACCACAUUCAAUUCCAUCAACCACUCAAUAUCAUAUGGUAUAGAAUAUCCCUUUGGUCACUUUGGGUCAGCUGUCCUGGCUAUGUCUCCUCUCAAGAUCUUGCCCACCCCCAGCCUACUGGCCUUUGGGGGUGAGGGGGAGAAUGUUGGAGAGACAGCCUUGAUGCUGUGGGAGCACUGCUCAGCAGUAGCCAAAACAUUGGUGUGUUAUCACCACCUUUCUAGCUACCAAUACAAAGCACAGCACUAUGAGGGCUGCUAUGGGGAAAAUUAGCUCCAUCGCAGCCAGACCCAAUACAAUCAUCCAUCUACCAUAAUUUUGAAACUUAAUAAGUUAUAUUAGUGCCUACAUUAAGAUUGCUAAUUGGGCAUACUAUAUGAAUAUGACUUUGAAUUAAAUAGU